AAAGUAUCUAUCUGGAAAAAACUACAUGUGAUCUACAACUUUUUCCUCGCCCGGAGGAUUAUAUCGCAUUUUGUCACUUUCUCCUUUUAUUGUGUGGUGAUCCCUUUAUCAGUAUUCUUCCCUGAAGUUGAAAUUCCAAAGUGGGGAAUGAUCUAUGUCCCAACAACAAUUACUCUUCUCAACUCAGUUGGAACUCCAAGCUCUUUCCAUCUAAUUAUCUUCUGGGUCUUAUUUGAGAAUGUCAUGUCCCUGCACCGAUGUAAAGCUGUCCUCAUUGGCUUAUUAGAAGCAGGGAGAGCUAAUGAAUGGAUUGUUACAGAAAAACUAGGAGAUAUGUUGAAGACAAAAUCAAACAUUAGUGUCACGCAAAAAAUUCGAUUCAAGUUCUGGGACAGAUUUCACCUCCUGGAGCUUGGGCUUGCGGUAUUCCUCAUGAUAUGUGCAUGCUAUGACUGUAUCUACCGACAAGAUUACUUUUUUAUCUACAUCUUCCCUCAAUCCAUCACAUUUUUUAUCAUGGGCUUUGGUUAUGUGGGCACCAUUAUCCCCAGUCAGAAAUGAAAACCAUGUGGAUUAUUUAAUAAUCCAGUCAACAUGGUCUUUUUAUUCUCCAGUACAAUUCUUUUUUUGUCUUCAUCCAUCCAUCAUUUUUGUUAAUGAGUUAUUUAUAAUAACAUCCAUCAAAUUUUAUGAAAAGUAGAGUCAUUGAUUUUUGCCAUAUUGAAUGUCCUGAAGAAUUAAAAGAUUAUGGAGUAUGGAGAAAGAAGUAACAGGAAACAUAUGCCCUUAUUUUUUUCACUGCAAUAAGCUGGACAAUCCAAGCAUCAUUAGCAAAGGAAAGCAGAUGCUGAUUUUAUGUGAACAUGUUUUUGAAGAUAGUGUGGAUGGUACCUCAGUGUUUGUUUUGUGUAUGCGUAGGGAUCAGAAUUCUACCUGCUUCUGCUCAUUUUGAUUAAUAUCUUAACAAAUCAGUA